AGUUCGUUUAAAAGCGUAUGUCAUAAUGUGAAUAUUCUUACGGGUUAACCGGAGGGUCUCUGCCAAAAAAUAUUUUAUGUAAUAGGGUACAUUUAAUUUGGCAGUGCAUUGAACAUGGCGAGCCUCUGUCGUAUAUCCCCUGUUUUGCGUUUGCAAACAGUUGUAAAUAACCUAAGUCCAACUACCAUCGUAUCUGUGAGAAACAACACAACAGAAGCGAAAAAACCAGAGAAGACAAAAUUUGGCCCACUACAUGAUGAUGACAGAAUCUUUCAGAAUAUAUACGGUCGCCAUGACUUUAAGCUUAAAGCAUCUAUGCAGAGGGGAGUUUGGUACAAGACAAAAGAGAUUGUAGAGAAAGGGGCUGACUGGAUCCUCAAAGAAAUUGUAACCUCCGGUUUGAGAGGUCGGGGAGGCGCAGGUUUUCCAACAGGCAUGAAAUGGGGCUUUAUGAACAAACCAAGUGAUGGAAGACCGAAAUACUUAUGUGUAAAUGCGGAUGAGAGUGAACCUGGUACGUGUAAAGAUAGAGAGAUAAUGAGGCACGAUCCUCAUACCCUCCUCGAGGGCUGCCUCGUCGCCGGAGCUGCCAUGGGUGCUAGAGCUGCUUAUAUUUAUAUCAGAGGAGAAUUCUAUAAUGAGGCAUCAACCUUACAGAUUGCAGUAAAAGAGGCCUAUGACGCAGGUUUAAUAGGAAAGAAUGCAUGUGGAACUGGAUAUGAUUUUGACAUUUACGUCCAUAGGGGAGCUGGUGCCUACAUUUGUGGAGAAGAAACGGCAUUGAUAGAAUCUCUGGAAGGAAAACAGGGAAAACCGAGACUAAAGCCUCCAUUUCCAGCUGAAGUUGGCUUGUUUGGUUGCCCAUCAACAGUAUCUAACGUUGAAACAGUUGCCGUAGCCCCUGCUAUUUGUAGAAGGGGUGGUGACUGGUUUGCAUCAUUUGGAAGAGACAGAAAUAGGGGGACAAAGUUGUUCAACAUUUCUGGUCAAGUAAAUAACCCAUGCACCGUUGAGGAGGAGAUGUCUAUUCCACUACGUGAACUUAUUGAACGACACGCUGGCGGCGUAAUUGGUGGCUGGGACAACCUCAAAGCUGUCAUUCCAGGCGGAUCCUCAACUCCUAUUAUACCUAAAUCUGUAUGUGAUGAUGUAUUAAUGGACUUUGAUGCUCUGAUCGCAGCACAGACAGGUCUUGGAACAGCCGCUGUUACAGUAAUUAAUAAUCAAGCAGACAUUAUCAGAUGUAUAGCUCGGCUUGCUCACUUUUAUAAACACGAAAGCUGUGGCCAGUGCACGCCAUGUAGAGAAGGCUGUAAUUGGAUGUUGACUAUGAUGAAUAGAUUUGUUGAUGGUAAUGGUAGGACAGAUGAGAUAGAUAUGUUAUGGGAGAUUAGUAAACAGAUUGAAGGUCACACAAUUUGUGCUCUAGGUGACGGCGCAGCAUGGCCAGUACAGGGAUUAAUUCGUCAUUUCCGGCCAGAGAUUGAGGAGAGAAUGGCAAUGUACCAGAAGAAGGUGGCUUCAGCUUAACCUACCUUAACUUUAUUAUAUUCGAUGACAGUUUCGCUUAUACAAAGUUUUGUACAAGACUAUUUAUUGAUUAAUAAAUCUUAGAACAGUGACUAUCAGAAACAUAGGAAAGGCUAGGUUAUCCUUUGUGUUAUAUAUUAUAAUUAAAAUAUCUGUGUUUUUAAGGAUAAAAAGUGUGACCAUGUUUCAGCAUAUAUAUUGAAUUGAAUUGACAAAGGCAGUUUAAAGAUAUUGGAAGACAAAAUAUACAUAAAUGUACAAUUAAUUUACAUUCUAACUUAAGAACAAUUUACAGGAAAAUAAAUAAUAGGUUUAUUCAGUAGUUUAAAACGGUGAAACAUUCAGAUUAAACACAAAGUAAUUUCUCAUUUUUCUGAUAAUAAUUUUUUUUUUUGUAAAAAAAAGUGAAACGGAGGAAAAUAUUGUGAUAGGGAUAUUAGAAAUUAUCUGUUACAACAAACAAAUGUAGUGAUUUUUAUUACCAAAAAUGAGACAAUGUUUGUUUUAUAAAAAAAAAUAUCUUGACUAGUUUCGAGAUGAUGAAGAUUUUCACAUUUUGUUGUUUUUAAAUGAAUUGAAUGAAAAUAAAGAUGAAAAAGACA